GGCAGCCUUGGCUACAGGCUCCGGGAGAGGGAGAAAUAAACCACUGCAUGCACUAGGAAUAUAUUCUUUUGCAGUGAGGGCAAGCGGCAAAAAUCCCCGGAUUGGACCGUAAACAAGAAGCAUGAGAAAGUGUGAGAGACGGACAGAUGACAGGCUGAGGCUGAUGUGGACGCAGCUCCAGACCGACGAGGAGGAAAUGAGUGCGAGGCUGUUUUCAGGGCGUUGAUGUGGAGCAGAAACACGGCGAGACAUCAUCCAGCAGUUGCUGCAGACAAGAAAAAGAAGUUGCACCAGCACAGUGAUGUAAGAAAGAAGAGAACAGCGCAAUAAACUAAACAGGACUUGGAGGAUUUUGCAACAACAGGGCAUUUGGCCCCCAACAGUGGUCUAAGCUGUGUCCACAGACCAUGGUGGACAUGUCAGAUCUUUUUUUUUUUUUUUUUUUCUUGUCAUAGAGGAUUAAAUCACAUGCUCCCUCAAGAAAGAUCAUAAACUGAACUUACCCGGACCUUAAGACACUGUUGAAUCUUGUUUGGGAGCUUACAGCAACAUAAACUUUGCCAAGUCAUUUUCCUUAUCUGACUCAAAGGAAGUGCUCUGAUAAAAGUCAGAGACAGUUUAUGUUUUUCCAUUGAGGGCUCAGAGAAAAAGACCAACCACGGACCACGGCAGGGUCUCAGUGCAGCCUUUAGGAAGAGUUAAAGUGGAGGAGAAGAUUGCAACGGUAAUGGGUAACAAGAACACCAAUAUGCCCAAAAGUCCAGAUACUGGGAUGACACAGAGAGAGGAAGGAGCAUCCAUCAACAGUUUAACAGGAGGCGUCUCCAGAGAUGGACCUCCGGGGCCAAGCCCAGAGCUACUGGCGUCCCUCCAGUCCCUUGGAGAAAACAAUGACUACACACUCCUGCCACAGUCAUUGCACCAGAUUGCAGAGGCUUACUCACUUAAAGAGGACUUCCAGUGGGCCAUCCGGUUCCUAGAGUUGGAGAAACUCUACCAUGAACGUCUACUCUCCAACCUCACUACCCUGCAGGAGAACUGGGAGGGCCAGUGGAAGGAGAAGAAUGCUGAGAGCAGUUUACCUGCUGAGACAGACAGCGUCAGUCAGAAACACAUGGAGACCCUGAACCAGAUUUGCAGGACACACCUCAGGCCAUCUCUCAGUGUGGAACAGAAUACAGUGACAGUGAAAGGCAUUCAGAGGAAGAAUGAGACUCUACAAUUCUGCCAAGAUGAAGCCACCAAACCUGAAAUGCACCUGCACGAUGACCAAAGCAUGAGCUCAAAACCAGAUCUCCCCUCACAUCCAGGACACCAGACUAGAGGUGGGGUCGAUGAUGGAGAGGGAGAGGAAGUUGUGUAUGAGGAAGGACAGGAAGUAGAAGAGGAGGAGGAGGAGCCGUGUGAGGAGACGCCAGAGGAGGAAGAGGUGAAGGUGGAGUGGCCCACAGGAGUCCCCCAGGCCUCAGACAAGGACCUGGCCAAGCUGUCCAACACAGAGGGGAGUUCCUCCCCAGAUGGUCUGGUGUCCAUUCUGAAGAGGAGAAGGGCAUCGUUGGAUGGACUGCCUCCGCCUAGCAACUCUGGUACUCAACAGAACCCAAAACGGAAAGUUCGCUUCAGUGAGCCAGAUGAUGGCAUAGAACAAGAUGAGGUGGGUGGAGACUCCUGCCUGAUCCUGCUGCUGCUGUGUCUGGUAACCGUGGUGAUCAGCAUAGGAGGGACCGCUCUCUACUGCACCCUGGUGGAUACUUAUUCCAACAUUUGCACCGACUUCACUCACAAUGCUGACUUCUACAUCACGUCCACACGGAGGUUCUUUGAGGGACUCAGACACUGGCUACCUUUCCGAACUUAGGAGCAUUUGCGUUCAUAGACGCUGUUUCACACACCUGUGACCCACUGCAUGGUGUUGAGUUAAAAAAAAAGGGGGGAUGGAUGGUGAUGCUAGGAAAUGCUCGCAUCUGGAGUUUAGAGCAGCACACAUGGGACCUGGAGGCAUUCAUCUACAUUGAUUGGAUUUGUGUGUAUCUGAAUUAACAAGCUCCCAUUGUUUGGCUUACUGAGGUUUAGUGGACUACCAGUCUCAAGAUCUAUGUCUAAUCGGGUGCUAAAAGCAACACAAAACAGUAAAAACUCAAUGUACAUUCCUUCAGCCUCAGAACAAAACCACAGUGAUGUAUGUACAUCGAUGGAUGAGCGCCAAAACCCAUUUACCACUGUUUGUGUGGACAUUUGACCUGAAACUACACCUUGCAGUGAAUUAAGAAGACAACUCACAACUCUCACAUGAAUUUAAUUUAUAGAAAGUAGUUGUCACAUUUGCAACAACCGUAGCUAUGGCUGAUUUUACUUAGCCCUUUAACCCCUGAGGCAGUCUCAUUCACUUCUUUGUGUGUCCCCCCAUUCCACAGGUGCCAGGGGGUGCACUGAAAAUGGUCAGAUGUCCCUGGAAAGCACAAGGUCUAUUUUAUCUGCAUGUUUUGAAAUUUUUCAUAUUGGUUGAAUGGUUGAAUUUUAAUGAAUAUUUAAAAUAAAUCAUAAUUCAGAACGCUCACCACAGACACAUCAGGGGUUAAAGGAUUAAGCAAAGAGAGGCUGUUUUUAAAAUCAUUACAAUGCAGUGUUUUUUUCUGUUUUGUUGUUAAUCAUAAAAAUUAUUAUUUCUGCAAAAUAUUCUAUGUACGGUUAUGUUUUUUGUCUAUUAAAAAAACCAACGCAAACACUUAUUCUAGAUACAGAUGAAUUUUUGACGGUUAUUUCAGACUAGCCUUUACCUCAAUGCAAGUGACAACUCUCAACAUUCCUCUUAUUUAUACAUUCAGAUAAGAAUCAUCACACAGAACAUAGCUGGAUGAGAAAAGUGCCCUAUUACAAACAACACAGCGUCUUAAAACAGUGAACCACCUCAUCACAUUGCAUUGCAGAGCAGUCUUCAUUGUAAUCGUUAUGCAAUACAGAUUUAACAGCCAGUCCACAAACUCAGGCAUUUUCCUCUGUGUUUAUAUUUUUGGUGCUUUGUGUUUUCUUUAUGUUAUUAUUCCUGUUCUGUAUUUGGACUCAUGACCAUAUCCAAACAAAUUGUGCAGCGUGUAACUGAUGUGACUGACUCUGGGAUUAUUAGGUGUGCACUGGAUCACAUUCAGAAAUGACACUGAUGUCCUGGAAUUUGAUUUUCCUGAUGAUGAACUAUACUAUUACUGUAAACAAAACACUCCCCUGUGUCUUUCUUUAGAGUCCUCACCUUAUUUACACCUGGCUCGGACCCCGAUGUUAACUGUGGUUAUAUCAUAUGUAUAAUGUUACAUCAUUAAGAGUUCUAUUAAUACAUUCGUGGCCCACAGACAUAUCUACAGUGCAGCUCUAUGGCGUGACAGCAGUGUCUCGGAAACACUAGUUCCAACUGAUGUCAGUGGAAAGUAGAUUAUCAACAAGUUGUGUCUCCUUAGAGCACAUUUUCAUUUUCUACUACAUUCAGACCCCAUUUGCACCUGACAGGAAAACGCAACAAACAAUCUGAUCUCGCCUUUACUGAGUUUACACCUGGUAUUCAUAAUGAAUUCUCAUUCUCCUUGUUAGGAUCGGAUCUCUGUCUUCCAGAGCAAAACUUAAGUGUGAGAGAUUUAAAGUGGAGGCAGAGUAUGAUAUGAUGUUGGAAACAUGAUGUUAUAAUAAAAGCCCAUUUUAAUGUCAGCAU